AUGAAGAUCCUCUACAUGGGUGUUCUGCGGAACGAUUCCCAGCCUGCUCUGCAGCUGUGCGCUGAGAAGGACCUUACUGCAUUCUCUCGUUUCACUCGUCAGAACUACGAGGAGUUCCUCAUUUUAUUCUGCCGCACCGUUGCCGAGCGCACCAAGCCAGGUCAGCGCCAGGACGUCGAGGAGAAGUCAUACACAUUCCACGCCUACGGCCGGACAGAGGGUGUAGCCGGAGUCAUCGUUACCGACGGCGAUUACCCUGCCCUUGUGGCCCACCAGCUCCUUUCCAAGAUCCUCAAGGAAUACAUUGUGAAAUAUCAGGACCCCCAGCAGGCCGACAGCAUCAUGAAGAUCCAACAAGAGCUAGACGAGACCAAGAUCGUCCUCCACAAGACUAUUGAGAGCGUUUUGGAGCGUGGCGAGAAGAUCGAUUCUCUUGUUCAAAAGAGUGACGGCUUGUCAGCUCAGAGUAAGAUGUUCUAUACCCAGGCCAAAAAGCAGAACUCUUGCUGCGUUCUAAUGUAG